AGAGCGGACCCAAGAAGAAGAAAAUAAGGAGAAAAGUCCAUAUCGAGUGGCUCCUUCACCGCGACAGCACGCAUAAGAAACGGCGGACGACCACGUCAACACGGGAAGCAUGCCCGCCAGUCCCACUACCGCGGCGGUGCAGACCGGCACGACGCACGUCCUGCUGGGUCUCUUCGACGGUUACAUGUCCCUGAAACGUGACUCCCUGACCUCGGAAACAAAGAUUGGCGGCACCGCCACGUAUUUUCCUCCCCUGACAGAAACUGACAAGUCAACGAUUCAUCGAUGGACAACCUGCGGCGUGUGCGGACACGCGAUGAGCCUCCUCCUGCAAGCCUACAGCCCGUUGCCAGGAGCACCAACGGAUGUGCCGCACCAUCGCAUGGUGUACGUGUUCGCCUGCAACUCGAGCUACUGCGCUCGGCAGCCGCUGAGCAGCAUGGUGGCCUUCAGCGUGCAGGUGGAUGCGGAAGACACCCUCGCGCUGGAAGAAGAAGAGGGGGAAGCAGCGGACGAAGACGACGUGGUCGAGACGGGACCGCUGCUGCCAUCGGAGCUGCCGGAUGCCGUCCUCCCGCCCGGCUACGUCUAUAUUGAUGAAGAACCGCUAAAAGAAACUGUUGUGCCGACAGACCUGGAGCGGGAGCUGAUCAAGAUGGCGGAGGAGAAUGCGAGGAGCACCGUGACCGACGAGGAGCUGCAGCAGCUGGAGCAGCAGGUGGACUUGAAAGACAAGAAGACGGAUUACUACUUCGAAAAGUUUCGAGCGCGUAUGGCACGGGCGCCAAACCAAGUCCUUCGCUACUACGAGCGACGUGCAGCCACGACAGCAUCGACGCCGCCGGCUAGCGGUAACACACGUGUGAAGGAGGCGAAGCCCAUUUUUAUGAACCCCGACAAGGUGAAGGCGAUGGUGACGAUCCCCGCCUGUGCGGUCUGCGGGGCAGCGCAGACGGCCGAGCUGCAGGUGAUGCCCACCACACUGUACUACUUGCAGGUGGCGCAGUACACCGCAUUGGCCCGCCGCGCCGCGGUGCCGAAUCGCACGAACGCUGGCGACACAACAACGACAGAGCAGAGCAGCGGCGGCAGCAGUCCGGCAACGGAGAAGAAAGACAAGACAACACCGAAGUCCACACCGGGUAACGCUGAUGGUGGCUGCGACUUUGGCACGAUUACGGUGUAUGUGUGUUCGAAGGACUGCGCGGCGCGGCAACGCGGGGUGGUGCUGCGGAAGGAGACGCUGUGCGUGGAAGAGGCUCCGACGGUGCGGGAUGAACUGUUGGCGGAGAAAGAGGCGGAGGCGAGUGGGGCACCGCGUAAGAAGACGCUGCGGGAGCUGCUGCACGGCGACGGCGACGAUGCCGAUGACGAGGAAGAGGAGGAGAAUGCGGAGGUGGCGUAG